UUUUUAUUGUCGCCUGAGAGGAGCUGCUGUAAUGGCGGUGUCUCGUCGCUCCUCGCAGCAGCAAAGCACCAUACAGUCUCCGCCGAGAAACAGCUCUCUCUCGGCUGCUCCGGGCUCUCCUCCGCCGAUGGCCCUGAUCGUUCCCCCGGAGAGUGAAAGGGAAUGCGCCGGUGGAAUCGACGUCGCUCCGGCCUCCCCGGACCUCCUCGUCCCGGUGCUACCGAGCAGUGCGAGCUUCUCCACGACAACAACCUCCGGAGGCAGUGGCAGCAGCGUCUCCAGCCCCGGAUCCGGAGCCUCCAGCCCGGCGGACGGCAGCAGCGGAGGGGCCUUCAGGGAGCUGUUCGAGGCCUGUCGGAACGGAGACGUUUCCCGGGUGAAGAGACUGGUGGACUCGGUGAAUGUAAACGCGAAGGACAUGGCUGGUCGAAAAUCAACCCCGCUCCACUUCGCUGCGGGUUUUGGCAGAAAGGAUGUGGUGGAGCACCUCCUGCAGACGGGGGCCAAUGUUCACGCCAGGGAUGAUGGCGGACUUAUCCCCCUGCAUAACGCCUGCUCUUUUGGCCACGCAGAGGUUGUCAGCCUCCUCUUGUGUCAGGGAGCAGACCCCAACGCUAGAGAUAACUGGAACUACACCCCGUUACACGAGGCUGCCAUCAAGGGAAAGAUAGACGUCUGCAUUG